GCAGCAGCAGCAGCAGCAGCAGCAGAGUCCCAGCCAGGAGCGCCGCGACGAGCACACGCGAGAUGCAGGGGACCAUGCGAUUGUGGCUGUCAGUGAUGACACUCACCCUGUGCCUGCUGAUCUGUCUGGGAACGCCAGCAGACGCGUACCCAUCCAAACCAGACAGUCCUGGAGAGGAUGCGCCUGCAGAGGAUAUGGCCAGAUACUAUUCAGCGCUGAGGCAUUACAUCAACCUUAUCACACGGCAGAGGUAUGGAAAACGAUCGAGCCCGGAGACACUGAUUUCGGAUCUCUUAUUGCGGGAAAGCACAGAAAAUAUUCCUAGAUCUAGAUUUGAAGAUCCUGCGAUGUGGUGAUGGGAACCACCAUCUAUCUUCAGUCUUUUUUCCCUAGUUUUCAGUCCAUCACUCACUGAUAGAAGACCGGUCAGAGAUUCAGCUCCCAGUGCAUGCAGCCAUCGUCCUGAAUUCUGUAGA